AUGACGCACAUGGGCGCGGGGGCGGGCGCCGGCGGAGAGACGAAGUCCUCGUCAGCGCGGCUGCCGCAGCCGCAGUACCUGCUGAGCACGAGGCCGUCGUGCGCGCAGAUCUCCGGCCUGUCCCCGGGCCAGACCAAGCUGUGCCAGCUCUACCAGGACCACAUGCCGGGCGUGGGUAGGGGUGCGCGCGCCGGCAUCGCCGAGUGCCAAUGGCAGUUCAGGCACGCGCGCUGGAACUGCUCCACGGUGCAGGAGGCGUCCGUGUUCGGCGGCGUCCUCAGGAUAGCCAGUCGGGAGGCGGCCUUCGCCCACGCGGUGGGCGCGGCGGGCGUGGUGCAGGCCAUCUCGCGCGCCUGCCGCGACGGCCAGCUGUCCUCGUGCGGCUGCUCGCGCACGGGCCGGCCGCGCGACCUGCACCGCGACUGGAUCUGGGGCGGCUGCGGCGACAACCUCGAGUACGGAUACAAGUUCACGCAGGGCUUCGUAGACGUGCGGGAGCGUGAGAGGAACUACCGCAAGGCAUCACGGGAGCAGGGCAGGAGCCUCAUGAACCUGCACAACAACGAGGCGGGCCGCAGGGCGGUGAUCAAGAUGUCGCGCGUGACGUGCAAGUGCCACGGCGUGUCGGGGUCGUGCAGCCUCAUCACGUGCUGGCAGCAGCUCGCGCCCUUCAGGGAGGUCGGCGACUACCUGAAGGACAAGUACGACGGCGCGACGGAGGUGCGCGUGAACCGGCGCGGCAGGCUGCAGAUCCGGGACCCGCGCUUCAACCGCCCCACAGCCAACGACCUGGUCUACAUCGACGAGUCGCCCAACUACUGCGUGCGCAACCUCAGCGUCGGAUCCCUGGGGACGCAGGGCCGGACCUGCAACCGCACCUCGCACGGCAUGGACGGCUGCAACCUGAUGUGCUGCGGCCGCGGCUACAACACCCAGAAGACGGUGGUGCGCGAGCGCUGCCAGUGCAAGUUCCACUGGUGCUGCUACGUGGAGUGCAAGACGUGCACCAAGACGGUGGACGUCCACACGUGCAAGUAGCGUGGCUGCUGCCCCCCCCCCCCCACCGCCACCACUACGAGGCGCCCCCUUCGUCGCAACGACGUCACCUGGGCCGGUGACGACGCACCUGAAAAGUUCGGCGUCCGGGACCAAUCUCAGACGGUGGACGUCCGUGAGUGCAAGUAGUUUUGCAACUGCUUCAAUCAACCCCACCACGACGAGGCGGGAGUCGGACUGCUGGUGGUGAUCUCCACCAUCGCGCGUCACUGGCAACGACGUCACUGGACCAGUCAGUGAUGGCACACCUGCAGUCCCGCGGUGUCCGGAUCAAGCUCAAAACUCACUGUGGUGUUCCCGCAUGUUUUCCCACCCACGAUGUGCCGCCUCGUACUCCUGACAUCUCCUAGAGCGGAGGACGCUCCGAAGGCACCGAUGGUGUGCGGGUGAGAGACGAAACGGAUGGCAGGAACUACAUGCAGACUCCAGUAAUAAUACCUUUCUCAACUUAUUAGCGGAUUGUUAGAAAAUGGUAUAAAGCAACCGAGAUGAACGAGAACUGCCUUUGGGACUCACACAGGCGCGUUGUACCCCUAGAGACACUACACGGAUGUGGGCAGUGCAGUGUAUGAUAGGCGCAGAGUUGUGAUUUCGGCUGGUGCGAUGCUUCCAAUACCGCAGCGAGGACAUUAUUUAGGAUGCUUGUUUUGUUCGGCUUAUCACGUGCUCCCGAAUCAACGGGAUACAACUUGGUGCAACCCACCUUCGACUUGACAAACUAUUUGUCUUCGUGACGAUUUGGUGCGACUUCUUUUGUGCCAUUAUCAGUGAGUGACAUGCCGUAAUAAACUGUAAGAAUCAUAUACAAAUCAAAACAGUGUCUUACAAACAUCUAAACUACGUUCGUAUAACGAAUGAAAACUUUAUGUAAAACUAUUUGUACAUACACAAAAACAUAAUUAUUUAUAGAACAUAUAUGUGCAAGACUGAAAUAAAGAGACAUGACAUCAUGAUCAGUGUUAAGUCAACUUUUCUAUUGGCUUGUACCUAAUGAAUGUGUAUUGGACAUCUCAGUCAGUUUCGUUGUAUCUUAUGGUGAAUUUUUUUUCCACACAACUUGGACUAUUCGGUCCUGUUAUUGACGUGUUUAUUACCUCUACGAGUGUCAUUAAAUUUGGACGGUAUGAUUGUUUUGCAAUUUCGUCGUGAGCUCCAAGAUAAAUGUAGUUGCAUUAAAUGUUUUUAUACGGAGCAGUACAUAAUGUGCGUAAACAAAUUCCAGUAAUGGUUGGCCUUGUUAAGAAAAAUGCACGGAGGUAGCGCAGUUUUGUAGUAACUGUUUCAAUAGUCAACUGUACAGCGAGAUUCCACAUCGCUAUAUAUGUUUAUUUUGCAUAAAUUAACUACUCAAAAGCACCUUUAACGUUCCUUUUUUGAUGACUUCUCGGUGAAAUACACAUCCAUUGGAACGAAAAUGUUUGAUUUAACACAUAAGUCUUUCAAAUGUGAAUGGGCGCAAAAUAGUAAUAAUUUUUUGAAACUGUUAUUUCCUUGCCAUUUUUGUAUUUUUUUUUAUAGAUGCAAUGCAAGUGUUUUUCCAGAUGGAAUAUUUAUAUGCAACAAAAAGCAAGUGUUAUUUAUAUGUACUUAAUUUUACUUUCCACAAUAUGGUAGUUUAACAGACAAUAUAAAUAAUUUUUUUUUGUAAUAAUAUAUAUCCAUGCUAUUCAAUUUAUUUCCUUUAACACUGUUUAAACAUAUCACGCAAUCUUUAAUAAAAUUUCCCAGAAAAAUAUUUAUUUAUGAUAUUACUAAAGAGAACAAAAUUUUAGUGCAGUACCUAUCAACAGUUCUUCCUCUAUUGCGAUAGUUGUAUGCUGUCUUAGUUUAGUAAUUUUUUGAAGGAAUGUUUUAAUGUCAUUAAUUUUUUCACUAUUUUAAAUACUGAUGCUGGUGUAUCUUAUAUCGAAAUUGUUUUUUCUUGAGCAAGUAGUUUCAAUAAAAUAAAAUAAAAACUUCAAUAAAGCUUGGCGAGUCAACUUAAUUAAAACUGUGUCUGUUUAGUGUUACAUAGAAUCAUUUUAAAUACAACCACCACCAUCCCGAAUAAGUGUAAAGUGUUCUCUCCUGAGAGUGUGUUACACAGGGUCCUGGGAAAGAAGCCUGCUAAAACUCAUUAA